AUGCGUACGUUUCUAGCCCUUGCGCUUCUUCUUCUCUCAGCCGCAUGUUCGCAUGCUAAGGUCUCUCGUGGCCUCGUCGGCGCGGCAUUGACGAGGUUCGAGCAAUGUGGGCUGAAGAUCUCGCAGAUGCGGGUGUACGAGAAAGUUCCCGACGACAUCAUCCGAGAGCACUACAAGGAGCAUGCAGCGCGGAGUUUCUACCCUGAGCUUGUCGAGUCGAUGACGUCGGGAACGGUCGUGGCGGUCGAGGUGGCGGCGACUUUCUCCUCCUCUUCCUCCGCUGACGCGCAGCAGCUGCGAGGGUCCAACGCUGUUGCACGGGUUAGGAAGAUGCUGGGGUCAACCGAUCCAUCAGCAGCAGAGAUGGGCACGUUCAGAGCCGACUAUGGUCUCGACAAGACGCGCAACUUCAUGCAUGCGAGUGACUCGACAGAGUCGUCUGCUCGUGAAGUGAACCUCUGGAUUAGAGGAGGUUAG